AUGAGUAGAGCUCUACUACGAGGGGCUACAUGCCAGUCGUGUCGCAAUGAAUUACUUCGUUCAUUUCUUGCUGUAUCGGGGGUACCACUCCCUCGAUACCGAUAUCCUACGCGCCCCAACUUGACCACCAGGUCUUUCUCCGUGAUAGCGCCAUUGCGAUCGGAUCGACCCCCUAUUACGAACCCUGCAGAUAUCACCUUUUCGCCAGCUGUGGAAACAGCGCCAGAGGCCGAGGCCGAAGUCGAGAUCGAAAUAAAUGAGGAAACCGCAUCUCAUGUUCCCUGGUAUCUCCAGGAAGAGGCUCCAGUCAAAGAAUUCCGCCCUGUAACCGGAGACCACAUCCCAACACUCCCAGAAAACUCACCGGAAAUGCUUCAGACACUACUCGAGUACACGUACAAAGACAUCGGUCUAGAUGGGUUGAAACUUUUCGACUUACGCGGUCUUGAUACACCGGCAGCUUUGGGUGCUAAUGUUAUCAUGAUUGUUGGUACUGCUCGCAGCGUGAAACAUCUAAAUGUUUCAGCUGAUCGGUUGUGUCGAUGGGCACGGAAGAACUACAAGCUUUCACCGCAUGCCGAUGGAUUGUUGGGUCGAAAUGAGCUGAAGAUCAAGCUUCGACGUAAGGCUAAGCGGGCUCGUGCUGCUAGCCACGCGGGCACAAUGGUCGAUGAGAAGGAUGACGGUAUUACUACAGGUUGGAUCUGCGUGAAUUUGGGGACUGUCGACAAGGGCUCUGAAAAGGCUUCAUUGAGCGAGGCUGGGUUUGAAGGGUUUGGUCAGCUUGACAUCGGGACUAGCGUUGUGGUGCAAAUUUUCACCGAAGAAAAGAGAGCCGACGUUGAUCUAGAUGGUCUAUGGCAGGCGACCUUGGAUCGAGCUGAGCGUAGCAGACUUCAACCUGCCUCAGAUGAUGCUCCUGUUACUGCUACUUCACCGAGUUCACGUCCUGCUGUCGGUAGUACAGGGUCAUUUGGCGGCCAGCGCAGAGGUCUUCACACAGAGCGUACUGCAGCUACCGAGAACAAUGAAGGCGCAGAACUCGAUGAGUCAACUAAGGAUUAUUCAACAUCCGAGGCGGCUGCGUUUGAAACGAUCGUCCAGCCCCUGAUAAAAAAGUUAGCUGAGUCCCCCCAUGAGGAUGCUCGCAUUGCGCUUGGUACCGGUCCUGAGGAUUUCCAAUCAACAGAUUUUCUACGGGUCAUAUAUGACACCCUACCAGACAACGCCACAUCUCAGGAAAGCGCUAAAUUACGACUGAGACUAUCCACAAUUGCAGUAUCCCGACAGCACCCUGGAUAUAGCAAACAUUCCCUUGUCAGCACAUUCAAUCAGGUGCUUGACGACGUUACUGAAGCACCAACCAUAGUAUCCGACGAACUCGGCUUCGAUGUCGUUGCUGCUUUGUUGACACCGCGUCUCAAUAACAGUACCUUGCCUGAAUCCGUGCCAUUUUUACUCAAAGCCGACAUUGAACUUGCCCUGCAAGUUCUUGAACGCCUGAGUUUGCGUGGUGCCCAAAUUAUGAACCUGAGAGUUUUCAAUUUGCUCUAUACUGCUGCAGCUAUGCCAUCGGCGCCUUCCCCGUCGUUAGGAGAGGCCGAUCAAGAGGCGAAUGAACAACGGCAGAUGUUAACUCGUCUUGCUAAGAUCAUUGCAAAUGCUCAAGUUUCAUUCGACGAGACAGAGGCGCGUAAGCUUAUGUUCGUCCAACUUAUCUGUCAGGAUUACGAUGGGUUUUGGAAGUUGUGGCGACAGUUUCCUCUGAAGAAUGCUCCUCGCACGCAAGAGGACUAUACCCAAAUGUUUCGACUACAUGCCGAUCUCGGAGAAGAGCGACAUGUUCGAGACUGCCUUUCGGCAUGGGUCCCCAUGAUGAGCCGAGAAAUGAUACCAAUCAUCUUACAGGGGCCGAUAGUUACUGAGAUCAUGCGCUGUAUUCUGAUCGCAGACCCGGAGAUCCAAUACCGAUCUGCGGACGUGAAUCCCAGUUACUUCACGCAUCUGUGGUACCAAUGCCAGCGGGCUCUUGAACAGGCGGACGAAAUGAUGGAGUAA